AAGUUUGAAAAGCCGCAGUUCGUCUCGUCUUGUGUCGCGGGGUUGAUUCUGGCUUCACUCUCUCGCUCUCAUUGGAGAGAGUCAGAGCUAAUUUUUAAGGACUUUGGGAGAAUUGUAUCUGCUGCUUUAUGUUUUUGGAUAAUGGCUGCUGUUGAAUUCAUCAAAGACCUUUGUACUCCAGCGCUGAUCAUUGACCUGGAUCAGAUGAAGAGAAACGCUGAAGGCAUGCUCGAGCGCUUCCACACACUGGGAGUCCAGCUCCGACCUCACAUGAAAACACACAAAACACUGGAGUGUGCGGACAUCAUGACAGGAGGCUCUCGUCGUUGUAUUGUUGUGUCUACUCUAGCCGAGGCGGCAUUCUAUGCUGAUAACGGCUAUGACGAUAUACUUUAUGCAUACCCUCUGCCAUUUGAUAAAGUGGAGCGCUGUGCAGAGCUGUCCGAGAGACUUUCUCUAUUCCAGGUCAUGGUGGACAACCACCUCGCCCUGCAGGAACUGAAGAAGAGGCCUCUGAAACAGGGACAGGUCUGGAAAGUGUGGAUGAAACUGGAUUGUGACAAUGGGAGAGCGGGCGUUCCUCAUUGUGACCCAGCUGCUCUACAGCUCGCCCUGGAGAUCUGGGACACUUCAGGGGUGGAGCUGAUGGGAAUUUACGCCCACUGUGGGAACACUUAUGCCUGUCAGGGGGAGCAGCAAAUCAAAGCUGUUGCUCAGGAUACCACUAAGAUUGUGCUACAGUUCAUGGAGAAGUUGGAGGCUGCUGGAAUAAAAGGUGUCAAAUCCAGCAUUGGCUCCACCCCUUCCUGUAGCCAACCAGUGCCAGACAUGGCCCUGUUGAGUGAGGUGCAUCCUGGGAACUACAUAUUUUAUGAUGUGCAGCAGUCCCUCAUCGGCUCCUGUAGCCUUGAGGAUGUGGCAGUACGGGUGCUGACACGGGUCAUAGGUCACUACCCACACAGGAACCAGUUACUUGUAGAUUGUGGGUGGACAGCACUGAGUCAUGACGGCGGGGGGCGCUUACCUACAGGAUACGCCAUCAUCGAAGGACACCCAGAACUCAAACUCCUGUCUAUGACUCAGGAACACGGCAGGGUGGAGCCCAUCUCUGGAAAACUGGACUUCAAGCAGUUCCCACUGGGGUCCCUCCUCACACUCAUGCCUUACCAUGCUUGUGCUACUGCUAUGAUGCAUCCAGUUUAUUUUGUCCAUUCUAAAGGGAAGAUUAUAGACACCUGGAAACCCACCCGAGGCUGGUAACAAUCUUUAGCAGACGGACUCCGCUGGAACAGCUGGGGACUGUGGAUGAAAAUGUUUAGUAUUUGUCACAAACUGAGGAUUUUCUGUUCUGAUAGGCAGGUGACUCUUAGAAACAUACCUAAAGAGCAUUUUUAUCUGGAUCCAAGGAGGUUGGAGAAAUUGCAGUUAUUUUCUUGAGAAGCAUUGUUGAAAAUGUAAUAUUUUAGUAAUACAGCCUUUAUGUAAACUGGAAGACUUAUAAAUUGUAAUCUUCUUUAAAAAAAAAAAUUUUUCUUCUUCUUUCAUCAGUUAAAACACUUCAAAAGGACUAUGAAAAAGAAUGUGAUUUCUUCUUUGUAUCUGACUAAACUUGCAUGCAGUGCUUAAACAGUUUUGGAAAGAUCUGAUAUUAACAAUGUGUACCUCCGUCUGUAAUAAAACCAUUUACCACAGUGACAUUGUUUAAAAACCGGAA